UAGAAGUGAGCGCAGGACCCUCUGGGAGACAACAGCUCGAGCUGCCAGAGAUGCUUUGAAGACCUGGAGCUCCACGCUACACAUGCUGAACUGCAUACCUGCAUAAUCCUCUGUGUCUUCGAGCACUCUACAAACACGUGCAUACAUGCAAACCAUGGAUUCUCUGUCCAAUGAAAUGGAUGGAUUGGAGAACUCCUUGAAGUACUCAAAGAGCGAGCAGACGGAGAAGAUGUGGAUGAGGCUCAAAGGAAUGCAGACGUACAAAAGCACAUCUCAAAGAUUGAGAUGUCUCGUGAAGCAACUGGAUAAAGGAGAGGUGAACAUCAUCGAUCUGAGAAAAAACAUUGAAUAUGCAGCUUCGGUUCUGGAGGCAGUGUACAUCGACGAAACUCGGCGACUGCUGGACACGGAAGAUGAGCUUAGUGAUAUCCAGUCAGACUCUGUGCCCACGGAGGUACGGGAUUGGCUGGCCUCCACCUUCACCAGGAAGAUGGGUGUGGUGCGCAGACGGCCCGAAGAGAAGCCGCGGUUCCGCAGCAUCGUUCACGCCGUUCAGGCCGGGAUCUUUGUGGAGCGAAUGUACAGAAGAACGUCUAAUAUGGCAGGUUUGACCUACCCACCAUCUGUAAUUGCAGCUCUGAAGAAUGUUGAUAAAUGGUCAUUCGAUGUCUUCACGCUUCAAGAGGCGAGCAGUGAACACGCACUGAAGUUCCUGGUGUACGAACUGCUCACCAGAUAUGACCUCAUCAGUCGCUUCAGGAUACCAGUGUCCUCCUUGGUGUCCUUUGUGGAAGCUCUGGAAAUGGGCUAUAGCAAGCACAGAAACCCUUACCACAAUCUGAUCCAUGCUGCCGAUGUCACACAGACUGCACACUAUCUGAUGUUACACACUGGGGUUAUGCACUGGCUCACUGAACUGGAAAUAUUGGCCAUGGUGUUUGCUGCUGCUAUCCACGACUUUGAACACACAGGAACUACCAAUAAUUUCCACAUACAAACCAGAUCAGAAGUGGCCAUCCUGUACAACGAUCGCUCUGUUCUGGAAAACCACCAUGUGAGUGCUGCCUACAGACUAAUGCAGGAAGACGAGAUGAACAUCCUGGUGAAUCUCUCCAAAGACGACUGGAGGGAGCUGCGUACGCUGGUGAUCGAGAUGGUCAUGAGCACAGAUAUGUCCUGUCAUUUCCACCAGAUCAAGACUAUGAGAAAUGCACUUCAACAGCCAGAGGGAAUCGACAAGGCUAAAGCACUGUCUCUGAUGCUGCACGCGGCUGAUAUCAGUCACCCUGCUAAGGGCUGGAAACUGCACUACCGCUGGACACAAGCACUUAUGGAGGAGUUCUUCAGACAAGGUGACAAGGAGGCAGAAUUAGGACUGCCGUUCUCUCCUCUGUGUGAUCGGAAAGCCACUAUGAUUGCCCAGUCUCAGAUAGGGUUCAUUGAUUUUAUUGUGGAGCCCACGAUCUCUGUUCUGGUUGACACCACAGAGAAGAUCAUAAGCCCUCUCAUAGAUGAAGCCGUAAAAUCUGGGGGUGUCCGCAGGUCAAGUUUAACAGUCCGGGGAUCAGCCACAGUGGUGGAGUCAGUACAGAGACACAGCGGUCGGGGUUCGAAUGAUGAACAGAGAGGCACAACAGAUUACUCAUUGGGCAGCAUCGAACUGAAACGAGUGCGACACCUGCUCUCUGAAAUCAUUCAGAACAAUAAGGAGCGCUGGAAAGAGCUCUCCAUUCAAGAGUUGGCCAAUAAGGAACACGAGAGAAUGUCUGAGCAGGAAGUGGAGCCCUUGAGGAACGCACAAGUCACACUGUCACAAAGCAGUCCGGUCAGAGGAAGUCAAGAUUCAGAAUCAAAGUCACUAAACGAACUGAACAACACAGACUCGACUCACUCAUCCCAGGACUCUUUGGACCAGAGUUCCCAGUCCCCCACAGAGGGACACGGCAGUGGUUCCCCUGACGAGCACAGCUCAGAAACUCUGCCUUGGAAUGGGCUAAUUGUACAAACGGACUUACAGAAUGUCCACGGAGCGACUUGUGCAUCGUCAUAGAGACGGUAGUGUGCAGUGUUGUCAUAGUGAUUGUGUUAUUGCAGGAGAUGGAUCUUAACCAUCCCUUGGGGUGGAUUUAGAACGUCUCUGAAGCGCAACGUUACCUUUUUGCUUCCUGGACAUUUUUUUCCUGUUGUUUCAAUUAGUUUAUUUUUAGGUAAACUGUUUCUUUUGUAGACCAUGUCGUUAUUUAUUAAAGAUUACUCAGCUACACAUUGCACCACAAUUAGUUUCGGAUUUUCUCCUUGAUACGGUCAUGUUUAUGGGCUCUUAAUGGAACAUCAGGUGGAUUGCCAGAAAUCUGGAAUAUUUUACGGUGUUCUGACCCAUUUCUCUGUGGACUUAUGAAUGCUAUUUACAAUUUCCAGAACAAUCCAUAAAGAUGCUUUUUUAUUGUAGCAUGACUCGUAUACUAUGUGCAGCUGUAAAAUUUGAGUAUAACAUGCCAUCAGUUAGCCAAUUUCUACCUGAAGGGAAAGAUACGCAUAGACUGUUGUUGAGGUAUGUGUCCUCAAGGGGGCGGCAUUUCAUUCUAACAGACAACAUGGCAACCCUGCAGUCACAUGAAGAGAAAUGUGUCCCUUUAAUUCCAUACAGUAUUAUAGGUCAUAGCAUUGUCUAAACAAAUGUUGCAUACAUUAGCUAUGUUUUGAAUCAGAGUAUGUGAGUGGAGUGGAGAGGCAACAAUUGCUCGAAGUAUUCUUUUAUGAACAUACAUAAAAUUUCACAUGUAGCCUAUGUGAUUUGAA